CUAAAAUUUUACCGAAGUCCAAAUACACCUUCGUGUGGAGUAGAUCCACAGCAAGAACAGAAGAGAGACACGGAAUUUUUCUUCUUCCUCACGAAUUAACACAAUCACCUCCUUAAACACCGCAUCCUAGCUUGAAAAUUCCCCAAAUUCUUAAACAGAUCCAAACCAGUGUGUGUGAUUAGAGGAGAAGAGUUAUAGGAAAUGUUGACGAAGUUUGAGACGAAGAGUAAUCGAGUGAAAGGACUGAGUUUCCAUAGCAAGAGGCCAUGGAUCCUGGCGAGUCUCCACAGUGGCGUGAUCCAGCUCUGGGAUUAUCGCAUGGGCACUCUCAUUGAUCGGUUUGACGAGCACGAUGGCCCCGUUCGAGGCGUCCAUUUUCAUAAAUCGCAGCCUCUGUUUGUAUCUGGAGGUGUUUGGAAUUACAAAUUGCACAGAUGUCUGUUUACUCUUCUUGGUCAUCUUGAUUACAUCCGGACAGUUCAGUUUCAUCAUGAAUAUCCCUGGAUUGUUAGUGCUAGUGAUGACCAGACAAUUAGAAUAUGGAAUUGGCAAUCUCGCACUUGCAUUUCUGUGCUGACUGGACACAACCAUUAUGUUAUGUGUGCCUCAUUUCACCCCAAAGAAGACCUUGUUGUUUCCGCCUCUUUGGAUCAGACCGUGCGUGUUUGGGAUAUUGGUGCUUUGAAAAAGAAAACAGUAUCCCCUGCUGAUGACAUUCUGCGAUUGCCUCAAAUGAACACAGACUUCUUCGGUGGGGUUGAUGCUGUUGUUAAGUAUGUAUUGGAAGGCCAUGAUCGAGGUGUUAACUGGGCUUCUUUCCAUCCAACUCUCCCUUUGAUUGUUUCUGGAGCAGAUGACCGACAAGUUAAAAUCUGGCGCAUGAAUGAUACGAAGGCUUGGGAGGUGGACACUCUGAGAGGCCACAUGAACAACGUGUCGUGUGUUUUGUUCCAUGCGAGACAGGACAUAAUUGUCUCAAACUCGGAAGACAAGAGCAUCCGUGUCUGGGAUGCCACAAAAAGAACCGGUCUCCAAACUUUCCGUAGGGAGCACGACAGGUUCUGGAUCCUUGCAGCUCAUCCUGAAAUGAAUCUUCUUGCUGCCGGUCAUGAUAGUGGCAUGAUUGUUUUCAAGCUGGAGAGAGAGCGCCCUGCCUUUUAUGUUAGUGGUGAUUCCCUCUUCUAUGUCAAGGAUAGGUUCCUCCGUGCAUUUGAGUAUUCUUCCCAGAAAGACAUUCAGCUUAUACCCAUCCGCCGUCCUGGUUCUAAUAGCUUGAAUCAAGGGCCACGAUCUCUCUCCUACAGUCCUACAGAGAAUGCGGUCUUGAUUUGCUCAGACACUGAUGGGGGAUCUUAUGAGCUCUACAUAAUCCCCAAAGAUAGCUAUGGUAGAGGCGACACGGUUCAGGAUGCAAAAAGAGGCAUUGGGAGCUCAGCAGUCUUUAUUGCUCGAAACAGGUUUGCCGUUCUUGAGAAGAGCACCAACAGUGUACUGGUCAAGAACCUGAAGAAUGAAAUAGUGAAAAAGAGUCCUCUUCCUAGUGGUACCGAUGCCAUAUUCUACGCGGGCACUGGGAAUCUGCUGUGCAGGUCCGAGGACAGGGUUGUCAUCUUUGAUCUCCAGCAGAGGAUUGUCCUCGGGGAGCUGCAGACAUCUUUUGUUCGGUAUGUUGUAUGGUCGCACGAUAUGGAGAGUGUUGCCUUACUGAGCAAACACUCGAUUAUCAUUGCUGAUAAGAAACUGGUCCACCGUUGUGCCCUUCACGAGACUAUCCGUGUCAAGAGCGGAGGCUGGCAUGAUAAUGGCGUCUUCAUUUACACAACCCUCACUCACAUCAAGUAUUGCCUUCCCAAUGGAGACAGUGGGAUUAUCAAGACACUGGAUGUUCCAGUGUACAUAACCAAGAUAUAUGGAAGCACAAUCUUUUGUCUGGACCGAGAUGGGAAGAAUCGCCCCAUCAUCAUCGACCCCACUGAAUACGUCUUCAAGCUAUCCUUACUGAAGCAGAGGUAUGAUCAGGUCAUGAGCAUGAUAAAAAACUCAGAGCUCUGCGGGCAGGCCAUGAUUGCUUACCUUCAGCAGAAGGGCUUCCCACAGGUCGCCCUCUAUUUCGUCAAGGACGAACGGACCCGCUUCAACCUCGCCCUCGAAAGCGGAAACAUUGAGAAAGCACUCGAGUCUGCCAAGAGAAUAGACGAGAAGGACCAUUGGUACAGGCUUGGCGUGGAGGCCCUCCGCCAGGGUAAUACCGGCAUCGUCGAGUAUGCCUACCAGAAGACCAAAAACUUCGAGCGCCUCUCCUUCCACUACCUUAUAACCGGAAAUCUCGAUAAACUCUCCAAGAUGAUGAAGAUUGCUGAAGUCAAGAACGACGUCAUGGGCCAAUUUCACGACGCGUUGUAUCUCGGGGACGUUCGUGAGCGCGUGAAGAUUCUGGAGAACGCAGGCCACCUCCCCCUCGCGUACAUCACAGCCUCGCUCCACGGUCUGCACGAAACUGCCGAGCGCUUGGCUGCUGAACUGGGCGAGAACCUUCCUUCUCUUUCCGAGGAGAAAAAGUCUUCUCUUCUGAUACCGCCGAGUCCCGUGCUGUGCGCCGGGGACUGGCCCCUAUUAAUGGUCAGUAAGGGCAUAUUCGAGGGCGGCCUAGACGAGGCGGCCAGGGUCCCUGCCGAAGAGGACUACUAUGACGAGGCAGCCGAUGCCGACUGGGGCGAGGCUCUGGACAUUGCUGACGUGGACAACAUUGAAAAUGGUGACAUCAGCGACGAGCGUGGGGAUGAGGACGGCGGUUGGGACUUGGAGGACCUCGACCUACCCGCCGACGCCGAGACCCCGACGAAGUCGAAUAACAGUGCCCGCUCGUCCGUCUUUGUGGCCCCCACCCCAGGCAUGCCCGUGAGCCAGAUAUGGGUCCAGCGCUCGUCCCUGGCAGGCGAGCACGCUGCUGCCGGAAACUUCGACACCGCCAUGCGCCUGCUGAGUCGCCAGCUGGGCAUAAAAAAUUUCGGUCCGUUAAAAUCUCAGUUUGUCGACCUCCACGUGGGCAGCCACACCUACCUGCGCGCUUUUGCCUCUGCCCCCGUCGUCUCAACGGCGAUCGAGGGGGACUGGAGCGAGUCCGCGAGUCCGAACGUCCGUGGGCCACCGGCCCUCGUCUUCAAUUUCCCGCAGCUCGAGGAGAAGCUCAAAGCCGGGUACAAGGCCACGACUGCCGGGAAAUUCUCCGAGGCCUUGAAGAAUUUCCAGUCCAUCCUCCACACAAUCCCGCUGCUCGUGGUGAAGACGCGACGGGAGGUGGACGAGGUGAAGGAGCUGAUCGUGAUCGUGAGAGAGUACGUUCUCGGUUUGCAGAUGGAGCUCAAGAGGAGGGAAUUAAAAGACAAUCCUGUUCGUCAACAGGAGCUCGCGGCUUACUUCACGCACUGCAGCCUACAGCUUCCGCACGCGAGGCUCGCGUUGAUGAACGCCAUGACUGUUUGCUUCAAAGCCCAGAACCUGAGCACGGCGGCUAAUUUUGCGAGGAGGCUCCUGGAGACGAACCCGAGUGUGGAGAGCCAGGCGAAGAUGGCUCGACAGGUGCUGCAGGCGGCCGAGAGGAAUAUGAGGGAUUCGACCCAGCUGAAUUAUGACUUCAGGAACCCGUUUGUGGUGUGUGGGGCCACGUACGUCCCGAUUUAUAGAGGGCAGAAGGACGUGGCAUGCCCCUACUGUGGGACCCACUAUGUUGUAUCACAGCAGGGGCAGACGUGCGUGGUGUGUGAUCUCUCGCCAUGUAAAAAUGCUUCGAUGCUAUCCAAAAGUCAGUCCACUUUUAUCAAGAACAAUUUAUUUGCCCCUCUUUCCAAAAUUCUGUCGAGCCCGAACCCUAAUAAACCCAAACUAGGCGUGGACGACGAGGUCCGAGCCCCUCUUUCCAAAAUUCCGUCGAGCCCUUCUUUCAUUUGCGAUGACGAGGUCCACCGAGGUUUCCAGGCGUGGACGAACGGCGGCAAAUCUUGUCCGGAAGGGGCAAGUCCGAUAAGAAGGACGAACGAUGGA